AUGAAUGGGAGGUUAAUGUAUGGUCUGGUGAGUCGGAAGUCCCUGGCCAAGAACACGAUUAUGGGAGCCGACCAGUUAAACAGCUAUGUAACACUGAAGCUGCAGAAUGUCAAGUCGACUACAGUGUGCGUCAAGGGCCCCCAACCAUGCUGGGAACAGGACUUCCUCUUCGAAACCAACCGGCUGGACACGGGCAUGCUGGUGGAAGUGUGGAACAAGGGCCUCAUAUGGGACAAAGCGCUGGGCUACCACUGGAUCCCACUCACCAACAUACAGUACUCCAACGAGGAGGGAGAGGGCCGGUGGUACCAGCUGGACGCGGAGCGAGUGCUGGAGGACGGCGAGGUGACGGGGACGAGGGACCCCACCGGCGAUUCCAUCCUGUUGGACUGCCGCUUCGAGCUACCAUGGGAGCUGGAGGAGACGGAGGCGCAGGAGCUGCAGAGGAAGCUGGAGGUGCUCAACCACCUCAUGGAUCAGGAAACCCGGGGGGCGCUGGGACCCUCCAGGACUCCCCAGCAGACUCUCAUGUCGAGAAUGUCAGAGGACAGCGACUACACGAGCGAUAUCAACUACCCGGUGGGGCAGCAUCCGAACUCCUCGGCGUCGCAGUUCUUGUCGGUGGCCAACCAGAUGUCGACGCCUCAGAGAUCGCUGGAGACGAGCCGCGAGAACUCGUACGAGCGCGAGGACAGUGUGCAGUACGGCGUGGACGGCCCCCUGGACUCGUACGGGCCGGCGAGUGACCGCGGCUACUACGACGACACGUACGAGAACAACAAGCGUAACGAGGGGCGCUCCCACACGGGCGGCUUCGAGGAAGACCUGUACUACAACAGCCGACCGAACAACAGGAAAGACUAUAGGUAUCGCCAGGACCCGUGGGAUGACGAGAGCAGCCCGGUGAGCAGCUACUUCAGUACCCACGAGUACAUCAGCCAGUACGCGAACCAGGAGGACUUCGACAAGGCGCCCGUCACCACCACCACCACCACGACCACCACGUCCUCCAGCAACGCCAGAGGGAAGCUCACCAGAGCCAAACCGCAUAAGGAUGAGGAAGACGGAACGACGCGGCGACCAAGCUUGGAGAGACAGAUCACCCUGUACGAUGAGCAAGGCGGGGGAACGAGUGGGGACGUGACCAGUCGAGAAAACAGGUACUCAAACUACCAUAGCUACUAUCACCAGUACUCCACCAGCCAGGAGGAACCCAGUAGUGCAGUGCCUGGUGAUGAGGUGGAACAGACAAAUGAACGCUACGAAAAUGAGCAGGAAGUGUGGUAUGAUAAAGACAGGACAGAGGGAUACUAUGGGGAGUAUGGCAAAGAGUACUCCAAGGACGAGGGCUACCAGAAUGACAAAACGGACGACGGCUACGCUGGGGAGCAGUACGAUGAAUAUGGGUAUGAUCAGUACGGGCAAUACUAUGACUAUUACGGGUAUGAUAAGAACGCUGAGAACUAUGACUAUUCUCAGUAUGGGUAUUACGGCUAUGAAGGGUGGGAGAACUACUACCAGAACUAUGAUGGUUAUUACGGUUAUUAUGACGAGGCAGGGGUCUUUCAUAAUUACAAUGAAAAUUAUAAUUAUGCUUAUAGAAGCAAUGAACAUUUGGACACUUCCGAGGAGGUGCAAGGUGAUAGUUACAAAGGCCUCGGUGGGUCGCUGGAUGCCUACAAGAUGAUCACCGCUUACACUACCACAGCCACCACCACAGCUAUCACCACCACCACAGCCAUCAGCCCCGCGAUGACCUUCACCACAUCUACCACCACGAAGCCUUUGGGUAACCACGUGGCGCCCGCACAAAAGCCUCAGCCCAAAGUGGACGGAGGCCUCUUCAACAAACUGCUGCCACAACUUCCUAUUUCCCUUUCAUCCACAACCACUACUGCCGCUGCCACCACGACCACCACAACCACCACCAUCACCACGACGCAGUCUAGCCGCCCCCUCCAGCAGCCAACCAUCCCGCAGGCUAGGCCGGUCACAGCACAACAGGCAGCUCAGCAGCAUACAACAAUGCAACAAAAGCAACAACAACAGCAGCAAAAGCCAGCAGCCGGCGGCUUUGGUUUGUUCGGCGGCAUGAACAAGAAAGGUGGCCUUUUCAAUGCCAUGUCCGGCAUAACGUCCAAAAUGAGCGACACACUAAACACGGCAGUUAAAGAAGUUUCAGCAGUUGCACAACAUGCGAAUGUUGCAGCUCAACAGACCACCAAAGCGGCAACAGCUAAGGCGGCGGCUGCGGCCAAGUCAGCCGGAGUCGUGCCUCCCGCCGCUGCCCAGAAGGCGCCGACGCCUCCCGCCGCGCAGCCCAAGCCCAGCGCCCCGAUGACGCCUCGCAUGACCCUCACCAAGCAGGAGAGCGUGCGCAGCGACAAGAUGCCCGGGGACGAGGCCGAGAGGCGGUCCCUGGCCACGUUGCCCGAGGUCUCGGACCCGGCGUACCAGAGCGACUCCCUGGACCAGCAACAUCUCUGGCACCAGGACAGCUUCGAAACCGCACACACAGACAGAACACAGCCGCGCCAGGACAGCUACGAGACGGCGCCGGAGGAUUCCAUCUACGACGAGGAAAUCGAACCCCAUCCUCACGACGCGGAGUAUGACGACUACUAUUCUCGUCAUCCUGGGGAGUAUCAGGACUCAUACUACGGUGACUACUACGAUGAUGAUCCUCACUAUCGAUACGGUGAUGACUUCGAGGACUCCUUCGAUAAUGAUGAUGUCUCGAGUAUUGUGGACACAGACAGGAACCUGCGUCGCUAUCCUUCGCAGGGAUCGCAGGAGAGGUUCAUCGACGGCGACGGCCAGUACUCCACCGAGUACGACAGCGGGACGGACUCGAGAGAGGUGGUCAACGCCAGGAUAGAACCAUACCCAGGAGACUUGAGCAAGGCAAAAGAGGAGGAGCCAAAGGAAUCUAAGAUUAUUGAUUUCAAGAUGAAGAGUCGGGCGGAGCAGGCAAAGGCUGAGAGCGAUGCCCAGGCACCCCCGGGGGGAGGGAGACCAGCGGACUCUGCAGCAUCUAAAGAAAUGAAAAUGAUGAAUUUCCAAUCAAGGAUGAAGCAAAUGACUGCAGAUGCAACUGUAUCUGCAGCAGAAAAGGCUGAAAGAAGCACGGAGAAACCUGAAGGCCAGGUACAGGCUCUGCCUGCUGAGAAAGCACCUGAGGGCCAAGAGCAGACACAGGCUGAACCCCCGCAGCCUCCUGUCCAGGCUCAGACAGAUGGCCAAACGCCACCUCAAGCCGAGGUCGAUCAGGGUCAAAUGAAAGCUCAGAUCCAAAAAGAGAAACAGCUUAAUUUUGAGGCAAAGUUGAGGCAGGCGCAGGAAGGCCGGGCAGGUCAGCCAGCCCCGACUCAGAGUGUCCCGACCACCGAGACACCUCAGUCUCGGCCAACACAACCACAACAGGUAAAUAGGCAGAGCUCCUUCGAAGAAAAAAUGCGCCAGAUGAAAGGAAUGCUAAAACUACCGGCGCUUCCCUCAUCCCUACCCUCUUCCAUACCCAUCAAGAUUCCUGAUAUAGCGAGAGGUUCAUUGCCUAACCCUCUGGCCAAGGUUACAGUGCCGUCCAGCAGACCUGCUCAGGAAGCGCAGGUCAAGAAGCCCGUGCAAUCGGAGGCGGAAAAGGUGACCACCAACGUUCUCGUUGGAUUUUUAUCGCCCAUUUAUCAUAAUUUACACAAAAAAAAAAAAAAGUUGCUGCAUGUUUACCACAGUCUGCCUAAGCUGAAACAUCCACGUGGUUUACCGGAAUUCUUUUUUCCAGCACUAUUUCUCUGCUCGAGCUUGCGGGACACCUAAAUUUAUAGGCUUUAAUUAGAGAUGGGUUAGAUGUAAAAUAUCAGGGCAGUUCAUUCUCAUCUAAAAGU